GCUAAAUGCAAGGCAGCACGCACAGCCUACGAGCAGCCAAGAAAAUCCGUUCCUUCUCAGGAGGAAUGGUGAAUCGCAUCAGUGCCAGGCUCCAGGAAAUGGCGGUUUCCGAUUGGCUUCAACAAUCUCAAAUUCAGGUCCAUGGCAUUGCUGUCUCGCUACUCCUGCUUCCCUGGGCACCAUGCAAAGGUGUCGUACCCCAGAGUAAAGAUGGGCCGGCGCUGUCAGAUGAUGGCUGCGGAUCUAUGUUUGGGCCAGAAAAAAGCUCCGUACCGACUGUCACUGCUGUCCUUCAUGGAACCGCCGUCCUUCCCUGUUCAGUCUCAUUUAUAUCUGGCACAGAGGGUCUGCUGGUGUCAUGGGCGAAGAAGAUCGGCACAAAACCAUCCUUGGUGCUUCUCGCCUUUUAUAAAGGACAAUUCGAUUUAAAGGACCAGGCUCCUCAGUACAGAGGUCGCACCAACAUGUCUCCUGACUUGCCUAACGGGAAACUGGACCUGACUCUGACCCACGUGGAGCAUCCUGACGAAGGAGUUUUUGUCUGUCACGUGACCCAUCCGGCGAGUUACAGAGACAUCGAGGUCAGACUGACGGUUAUUGAGAGCGGAACAUCUGGAGGAGACCGAGGCCGCCGUGGGCUGUGGAUAUCCGUCGGGCUCCUUUGUACAGCGGGUGUUCUUCUAGGCUGUUACAUUUUCUAUCGCCGUAGAUCUUCAUCAGCAGAAGAAGUCCAUUCUGUUAUAGAGGUUGUGCCAUUGGGGCCGUUGCUAGUUUGAUGAUUACGGCCCCUGCUGAUCUCCAUGCCCGUCUGCUGUGUGCAUCUACUGAGUAGGCCGAAGCCUACUUCCCCCCCAAACUACAUUCCCACCAAUGUCCUUUCAUGUCACCAAAUAGACAACAAGGUCUGUGUCUGCAAGCCCUCUGCCAUCCAAUCUGAUGAGGGGGUCGUCCAGCAGAGGGGAGGCGAGACGGUCUGCAGCACUAUAAAUACCCCACAGGCCACAACCACAGUCCUGCAGUGUCCCGGAUCUACCCUCCUUGCUGGGCGGCGGUGUCUGUCUGGAUUGCCCACUGUUUGAUCUCUGGCCUGUCUUUUAGAUCACCCAGUUUGCCUUCACCCUGAGCUCAGAUUAGUAUAUCGUGACUGGACGCCCUGUACCCGGACUGGGUCCCGCCAAACUGCACUUCCUUCUGCCGACACACCAAUAGUUAACCUCUUCAGGGGGUGCCUCAAUAAAGAAGUUGCUGCUGGAAAGAGCAUAGGAAGAAAAAAAAAACUGCACAAAACUUGCCCAUAUGUCCUUACAUAAAUACCCUGGGCUCCUUGGGUUAAAUUCAAAUAUGAGACCACCAUGCUGCCCAAAAUGGGAUUUGAUACAUCAAUCUGAAAAUUUCAAAUUUGAAAACUGAAAUGCGCAUGUUUCAAUUUAGAUUAAACAACCUAAAUGGUAUACCUUUUGGAAUGUCCAUGCGGGCCUUACAUGUAGGGCUUUCAAAAAAAUGGUCUUUUAUUAUUAUUAUAAUCUUUUAUUUAUAUAGUGCCAACAGUUUACCCAGCGCUUAGGUGUAAUAUUAAAGGAGGAUUUGAACAGCACACAGUUUCUAAGCAUUUUAAAGAAUAUCAUCAUAAGGACAUAAAUACCCUGGUACCACAGGAUUUGAAUGAUUCCUUUUCUCGAUUGAUUAUAAAUAAUAUGUUAUUAUGUAUGUACAUGUUAUUUAUUUAUGUUUUUGGUAUAUACAUUGUGACAGAAAGCAGGGGAUGAUAAUGGAGGGAGUUUAUAUAUCCCCUUAUAUUUUGCAGGGUGGUUACCCACAAUAGUUUUACCAGCCCCAGGGAGAUGUCUUGUCAAAUAAUGGAAUUGUUGGAUGUCCGUUAUUUGUGUAUUUUGGGUCCCUGGGGUGGAGCAUUUGGAGAGUAGGGCGGCCCGGGGCUCCACUCCACAGUUUAUAGCAGCCGAAGACCAGCAGGUGGGAAUCCAGUCCGGAGAUUCAUGGAUACUUUCCUGUCACUUACCUGGUUCCACCAAUGAGAGAGAGGGAGAGAGCUGCCAAAAAUACUGACUGCUGCAAUUAUUGCAUACAAACUGUUAUUUUGUUUGUUGGAACGGAUAAGCCGCACAACUGUAGUUAGGUUGGAGAUCCGUGUAUUAGUGCUCACAAGAGCAAGGCUUUUGUUUUGAUUUGUUUAUUUUUCCUGUUAUGCCUGUGACGAAAAAUAAAAACAGGCCCAGCCUUUUAUUUUA